AUAAUAAUUAAAAAAAAUAGUAAAUAUUAUUAAAUCAAAAAUUAAAAAAAAACCAUGAAUAAAAUAUAUAUUCUAUCUAUAAUUCUUGCCAUUUAAGUUGCUUCAACUUCUGCUUAAAUUCCUUAACCACCUGUUUGGCCUGACGUUUUCGCUUAAGACUUUGUUGAGACAGCUACUUCAGAUUAGAAUUAGACAGCUAGAGAUGUUGGUACAUAUUACUAUGACUAUGCUAACAACAAAUAACGUUUAACAAGAUCAAAUGGUCAAUUUGAUUUGUUCUGUGGAUUUAAUAGUACUGAAUAAUUAGCUUGUGACCAAGUAGUAGUUGACGAUAAAAGAUAUAUUUACUUCCCUGAAUUGAAUGACUGUUGCUACUGCUGUGGGUUGGAUGAUGGAUGUGCAGUCCUCAAACCUAAAUGGUUUAUAGAUCCUUAAUUCUUAGGAACCACCGAUUACUAUGGAACUCCUGCUUAUAAAUGGGUAAUUUAUGAACAACCUAACGAAUAAGGACCUAAUUAUUACUAUGAAACUACUGAAGAAAAUCCAAUUGAUAGAAAAACUUUAUAUUUGGCCAGAAAUAAUUACUAAUAACAUUUCUUCCUAGAUAGUUUCAGAAAAGAAUUCCCUUAAAUCACUUUACCAGAAGCUUGCUAAGUAUAAAGUUUAGGCAAUUGUCCUGGUGUUUGUGCAGAAGUAAGAGGAGAUAGCUUAUCAGCUUUCUGA